ACUGCCCGGUGCCUAUUAAAAGUAUUUCUUCUCCGAGAAUUAAGUACAUUUCUUAUCUUUUCUUCUAUCUCGAGAAACUCUGAAACAGAAACCACGAGCAAAACAGAACGAUGUCGUAUGUGCCUCCACACCUGAGGAACUCAAGCUCAACCUCCUUCACCAAAUCCUCCUCUCUAAACCUAGACUCGUUUGAUCAAUCCAAGCUCUCCUGUUCUUCCAAUUUCCAUUUCAACAACUCCUCUUUUACCAAUACUACCGUUGCUGCUGCUGCUUCUUCGUCUUCGUCUUCUUCUUCUGCUUCCUCUUCUCCUCCCUCCACAUUCUCAAAUGGAUAUCGUCGGGUGUCCAGCAUGCCAACGUCGGUGAGGGCUCUGCAUGUUCCCGACCCUGUUUUCCAUCCGUGGAAACCCUCCGACCGAGUUCUCCGCUUGACGCCUGAGCAGACCGAAGAGGUUCGUUCUCGGCUCAAUGUUGAUGUUACUGUAGCUUCAGGCUCUCCUUCUGCUCCUGCACCGAUUGAGUCUUUUGCGGACAUGUGUUUGCAUCCAAGUAUAAUGAAGGACAUAAUAUUUCAUGAAUACACCACACCAACUUCAAUUCAGGCGCAGGCCAUGCCAGUAGCUCUUAGUGGAAGGGACCUGUUGGGUUGUGCUGAAACUGGUAGUGGCAAGACUGCUGCCUUUGCCAUUCCAAUGAUACAGCAUUGCUUGGCUCAAUCUCCUGUUCAGCGUGGUAAUGGACCUUUGGCACUUGUGUUGGCUCCUACUAGAGAGCUUGCACAACAAAUAGAAAAAGAGGUUAAAGCUUUUAGCAGAUCUCUGGAAUCUUUCAGAACUGCAAUUGUGGUUGGUGGAACAAACAUCGGUGAACAAAGAUCUGAGCUUCGGGCUGGAGUGGAUAUAGUGGUGGCUACUCCUGGAAGAUUUAUCGACCAUUUGCAGCAAGGCAACACUUCCCUUUCGAGAGUUUCAUUUGUUAUUCUGGAUGAAGCUGAUAGAAUGCUUGAUAUGGGGUUCGAACCACAGAUAAGAGAGGUAAUGCGGAACCUUCCAGCAAGGCAUCAAACUUUGCUGUUUAGUGCAACCAUGCCUGUGGAAAUUGAAAUGCUAGCGCAGGAUUACUUGACCACUCCUGUACAAGUAAAGGUCGGCAAAGUGUGCAGCCCUACAGCGAAUGUACUUCAAGUUUUGGAGAAAGUUUCUGAAAGUGAGAAGGUUGAUCGACUUCUAGAUCUACUUGUUGAGGAGGGAUCUCAGGCUGAGAGAUCUGGUCAUCCAUUCCCUUUAACCAUUGUGUUUGUAGAACGGAAGACACGGUGCGAUGAUGUCGCUGAAGCUUUGGUAGCACAAGGUUUACAUGCAGUCUCUCUUCAUGGUGGCCGUAGUCAGAACGAAAGAGAAUCUGCCCUUCGUGAUUUUAGGAAUGGCUCAACUAAUAUUUUGGUUGCAACGGAUGUUGCAUCUCGUGGUUUGGAUGUCUCAGGAGUUUCUCAUGUUGUUAAUCUAGAUCUUCCAAAGACCAUGGAAGAUUAUGUACACCGGAUUGGGAGGACAGGGCGUGCCGGUUCUAUGGGCCGAGCUACUUCAUUUUAUGUAGAUCGUGACAUGUUCCUGGUGACUCAAAUAAAGAAAGCAAUAGCAGAUGUUGAAUCUGGGAAUACUGUGGCUUUUGCUACUGGGAAGGUUGCAAGAAGGAAGGAGAGAGAGGCAGCUGCUGCACAAAAAGAAGCAAGGAAUGCCUUGUCAAAGUUGGCAUUGAUGGGACCCACUUCAAUAAACAUUGAAGACAAGUAUAGGUUCAUGAUUGCACCCUCAAAUGUCAAAAGUGCAGGUGCAGCAGAUAGUGCUUGGGAUGAUUGAUGUUCUUAUUUGGUGUUUCUCAAAAGAUUGAUGAUCACUACCAAGGGCUCCAAAAUGAUUGAAGGUUUUCACAAUCCUGACUUGGGGUUUGAAACACAAAGAGGCUAUACAGAUGACAGGCUUGCUGUAAGUUGCUGUGUUUAAUGAUUUCUUGUGCUCCAUAAUUAACAAUGUUCCACGAACAGUUUCUUGAUGGUAUUAGAACAGAGUUUGUAGAAUCAGUUUACAUGGUUUUGCUUAUGUACAUCUGUAGAAGACUUUUGACUUAGGAAUUUGAAAAGCUUCUGCUGAUUCUUGGCAUCUCUAAGGCAGUCCGAUGAUGAUUUGAAUUUGACUUCAUUUUUUAUUUCUGCGGGAACAAGAGGAGAAUUGUGUUAAGUAGGUUUUUUAGAUAUGCAAUAAAAGCGGAGCUGAAGUUCGUGUGCUGUCAUGGCAAAAGCUUUUGGUUGCUUUAAGUCGGUCUUGGCUUCUUGUUGCCAAGCAAUUCCCAUGCACCCUUUCAGGAGUAAGUUUCAUUU